AUGUCUCAUCCGAUCUAUAACGCGCUGAUACGGACCCAUCACAUAACUUCCCGCAAGAAAGUGGCCAAGUUGAAAGCUGCUGCAUCCAACUGUCACAUCUACGCUCUACUACGCUAUGGUGGCUGUCCAGGCAUCAUGUAUUGCCAAGGCUCCGAAGUAGGUGUAAAAGAAUGGGUAGCAAGUGUUCAGAGACUGCGUUACAAGGAUUUCCAGCUUGUCAGGAAGCCUGCCGGAAAGGAGGUCGAAGGGAAAGAGGCGGGAGAAAAUGCCGCAUAUGGGAAAUUAGAAGAAGUGGAGAGCGUGAAAGACUUCGGAGUUAGUAUGCAGAAGAUGGGUGUUUGGAAUUGGUGGAGGAAGGGCAUGGGAUACGUGGCGUCGACGAAGCAUCCCUCAAAAACCAUCACGAGUAUCCAGGCCAUCUACAUCAUGACCACACCAUCAAGUGCUCGCAGCCCUGGCGAUAGCCUACAGGAUACAUCAGAUGUUCAAUCCACCCUUGCAGCUACGAACGACGACUCCAUCUUCGGUAGUGGGUAUUGCAAUGGAGAGUCACUUGAGUUUCAUGAUGAGGCAGUUGACCUCCAGAACAAGAGAAAAAUUACCGAUCUUAACCUCGAAGUUAUCACGAUCGACAGCCAGUACGACCUUACUCUUAUAGUAGGGUCACCGGAGCAUGCUGAUGGUCAAAAGGCCUAUCAAGUCAACAAAGGCGUCUUUCGACAUGCUAGCAAAGCCUGGGACGCCAUGAUGAGCGGCAAUUGGGCUGAGAGCGACAUGUCCGAAAUCGCCUUUCCUGAGGAUUCAGCCUACGCCUUCCACAUCGUCCUCCGAAUCGCUCACUGGCAACUUCAAGAGCUACCUGAAACGCUGUCGCAGCAGGAGCUGGUACAGAUUGCAGUCUUGUCCGACAAGUACGACCUCGAGCGUCUCCUACAUGCUGCAGCCGAGUUGAAGAACUGGAUCCAACAACACAAAGACGGCGGCGUGUCUUGGCCUUCCGACAUCGAUCUUCAAGACUUUACGAUGAUUACGGCCGCGUUCGGGCUCAUGGCUGACUACGAAUACCUGGUCAAUAAGCUGGCCAUGGAGAUCUGCGUCGACAAAGACAAGCGUUACUGCGUGAUACACGAUGAUAAGUUGGUGCAUGUCCGAGCUGACUUCCCGGCCCGUAUCCAAGCUCAAGCUGGUCAAAUUCGUACUGCCGUACUUCAAGAGCUCCUGCAGACGUGCAAAACCGCCUUGCAUAAUACUUUCACCAAGGACGUCGGAGACUACGGUAUCCUGAAGGAAGCUCGCGAGAUCAUCAAGCGCUACGCCCACCAGGAUCUCUGGGCCGGAUGGAAGGCCGUAUGUAUGCGUUAUACUUUGACUAGGAUCUCCAACUAA